AUGCUCCUAAACAGUAACAAUAAAUCAAAAAUCCAAAUGGAAAACAUAACAAUAACACCAUUGGAACCCAAUGACACAAUAAGAUAUUUGGGAGUAUACUUCAAUGGAAAAGUCAUAUUUAGAAACAAACAAGAUGAAAUCACUUUUGGUGUGAUAGUCACACAUAACAGAAAUUCUAGCUUCAUCACAAAUACACCUAUACAAUCAAUUUCUAACAUUUCAAUCAUAACAAAACCCACAGAAACAUACACAAAUAUAAAAUCAUCCAAUGUAUACGAUCCAAUUGAUAUUAAAACAUCAAAAUCACAAGAUGAAAUCACAUGGCAUACAAAUCUGGAUGAACUCUCCAUUCUGAUACCUUUCUCCUCUCCAACUACAACACAAAACACUGGCAAUACAACAAUAAACACCAAUAAACUAACAUUAGAUGAAGAACUACUAUAUAACUACCUAAGUGAAACCAAAUCAAUAUCAAAAUCAAUAUUAAACAACCAAUCUGUAAUAAACACCAAUCCAAUAGUCAUACAUUGUGAUGGUUCAUAUAAAAAACAUAACUCCUCAAAUACAACAAUGGACAUAGGCUGGUUCAUUGGAAAUGUCACAGACAUGGUCAUUUAUAGUACUGAGAUUAUGAACCAGAGGAAAACAGCAAUCAAUGCUGAAUUAUUAAGUGUAUUCCACAUAAUGUUGGCAAUACCAUCAAAAAAAAAAUAA